AGUUCCUGUUCCCAUUCGGUGGCGAGCGGACGGCGCCGCGCGGCGGAGCGACAGUGCAGGCGCGAUGGCCGCCGUCUGAGUGUCCGAGUGCCGCGUGGUGUGAGUGCCCUGAGUGAGUGCGGACUGAGGUGGGGAGUACAGGAUGGCACGGUGGUGCGGGAGGAUGGCCGAACUGCCCGAGUGCCGCUGGAAAUCCAGCCGGCACUCCUGGACACUCGUGCUCUGCUGUGGAUUGGUGCUACUCCCAGGUCUUCUGGAAGCCAGUCACGUUUCAACAAACUCACAAAGAAAAGCCGUGUCCUCCAUAGACGGAACACUCGUGGAAUAUCCCCGAGAAUCCUCAAAUGCAGAGCCGGUUCGCAACCGAUUGAAACUGAGUGAUGAUAUCAGUGACCAUAAACACUCAGAUAGUGCUGUAGACAAUACGGUGGCGGCAGGCGCGGUCGCCGCCUCAUCAGACAGUGCUGUGGAGGGCGGGGUCAGUGGGGACACCAGUCCCGCGCUGACCAGUGCCACUGUGAUAUCGGACUCGCCGGCCGCCUGGGCGCCAGCUGACCUCUCGCCGCUGGAGGUCAGGUCAGGUCAGCGGCUGUCCAUAGUGCCUGUCUCGCUGGUGCAGCCGUCCGACCGGGUGAGACGCUCAGUGACGCCGUCCGUGAGGGGUACUCAGGACACCUCAGACCGUGUCGAGCCGGAGCGGCAGGCUCGCGCGGCCACCGUCAUUGGAGCGACCACCACCCGACAGACGGCCGCCUCGCCGUGGCAGCCAGAGGCCAGUUUCGACGCCGAGCCGCGCACCGGCCGAGAGAGCAAGCCGGACGUCAACAGCGUGCUCAGUAGCAUCAUCAGUCUGCUGGGUGACAACGUGCGGCUCGUGGGCCCUCCGGCCGACCGCGCGCCCGAUCGGGGACCGAACCGCCACCGGCCGCGGCCCGGUGGCGACCGGCCGCUGCCGACUCGGAUCAACAACCGCGGCCCGCCGCAACAGUUUGUGCCGGUGAAAAACCGACCGGCGCCGCCAGUGAAGACGCGCCCGGCGGUGCGGCCGUACCCGAGUCACCUGCCACCUCCGCUGCGGCCGCGGCCGGGCCAGCGGCCCCCUCCGCCGCCGUCUAACAGACCCCAGAGACCGCCGAUAGCGCCGUACGCCGUCGGUAUUCCUCUGCCCGAGAGGCUGGUGCCAUUCAAAGAUGACCCAGUGUCGCCGACGGUGGCCACCUCAGUGAGACAGACGGUCGUCACAGAUCAGCUGUCGAGUGAGGCGCCCAGCGCGACGCCGACGCUCACGCCGUCGCCGUCGACAGUUUCGUCGACGGCGACGAACGGAGCGGCGCCGGUCGCCACUGCUGUUCCGAGUUCAACACCGCCCCCGCCGCCGCCGGCCACGGAGGCAGAGACGACGGAGGCGGCGGUCGUAGCGGAGGGUGGCGCAGGCGGAGGAAGCUCCGAGGAGAAAGUCGAGUCGACGGAGCGAGAAACCACCACGGAAGCCGGGCCGGAGGUGACAACGCGCCCGAGCGCCGCGCCGCGACCGGAAGAGGUCGCGACCCCACCGCAAAAUACGGCUGACGAGACCGUGACGACAACCCCGGCGCCGAGACCGGUCGGUCCUGCCGACAGCGAUCUCACGCCUGACGGCCCACUGCGCUUACCGGGACCGGGGCCGGUGCGGGACAGGCCGUGGGUGCCAGAGAGGACCCCUGAGCGGGCCCCUGAGAAGGCACCUGAGCGGACACCUGUGAGGACCCCUGAGAAGGCCCCUGAGCGGACACCUGUGAGGACCCCUGAGCGGGUCCCUGAGCGGAAGCCGACCCAGGAGACGCCCACACGGGACGAUUGGGUGGAGAUUCCCAGUACGGCCAAUGUGCCUCUGUCGGGCUCGGAGAGCUCGCCACCGGAGCUCGGGGACCGCCCCGCGAGGCCCGGUCGGCCGUCCUCGUCCGCCACGCCCCCACUCUCGUCCCGUCCGACGGGCACCUUCCCCGGCUCUGUAUUGGACGCCCGUCCCGGAGUGGUGGUGGACGCUACGCGUCGCCGGCCGCCGCGGCCCCAGAUCGGCCGGCCGCAGGUCAUCAACGCCCAGCGGCUGGGGGAUGUGUUCGAUAUCACCGUGUCGGCGGCGCAGGGCGGCUUCGGGGGUGGUCCCGUCCGCCGGCCGCCGCGGCCCCAGCCGCCCUCCGGCCAGCCCUACGUCAUACCCGUGGACAUCAACAACCUGCGCGGUCCGGGCGACAUCAUCACCGAACCGGACGCCGUCAACAACGUGGUGUCGAUCGACGGCCGUCGGACCUACUUUGACCUGGCGCCGACCGACACCAACGCCGGAGGCACCUACCAGACGGUGGGUGCCGGGCUGGGUCCGGGCGCCCCUCCGACCGGCCAGCGCCGCCCCGGCUCCGGCCAGCGCCGCCCCAGCACCGACCAGCGCCGCCCCAGCGCCCAGCCCAGCUACCGGCCCAGCGCCCAGCCCAGCUACCAGACGCCGCCGCAGUGGCCCCAGCAGCCGGCUGCCGAGCCGGAGCAGCAGCAGCAGCAGUGGCCUCAGCAGGCAGCAUCCAUAUACCCCGGGCAGCGGCGGCGACCGUCGCCACCGCCCAUUCGAAUCGACACCUGCAUUGUCGGAGACGACAGUACGUGUAAGCGGGAAUACAACGAGCGCUGCAAGACCGAGGAUGGUGUGUCCUCGUGUCACUGCCGUCCCGGGUUUAACCGGCUCCGGCCGCGCACAGCCUGUAAACGCGUGGUCUCCGUGGUAAUGACGAUGAAGGUGGACGGUAUCGGAGAGAGCCGGCUGGCCUGGCAGGCGGCGCUCCGCAACCCCAACUCGGAGGUGUUUCAGCAACUCGCCUGGGAUGCCGAACACGCUAUUACCACCUCAAUGUCUGGCACCACGAUGCGGGACAUCUACAUGGGCAACAAGGUGACGUCGUUCUACUUGCUGCGGGGUGGCGUGGCGCUCAACACAACGGUCAGCCUGCUGGACACGACGCAGACGCGGCGCGAGCAGGUCACCGACGAGCUGCAGCGCCAGAUGAACCGUGCCAUCCGCGCCAACGACAACCUCAUAGGCGACUCGAGCCUUUUUGUCGAGGGACCCAGCAGUCCGGUGCCGAGAGUGCUCGAUUUGGACGAAUGUGAGAACGCUGACCAGCACGACUGUGACGAGAAUGCCGAGUGCAGCAACGUCUUCGGCAGUUUCACCUGCAGGUGCAAGUCCGGAUAUGACGACAGAUACCGGAAAGACGAACAGAAGGCGGGUCGCUACUGCGACUCCUGCACUGACGACUACUGCAGCGACCGGGGCACGUGCCAGAUCUUCGACGGCGAAAAAACGUGCCAGUGUCGCGGGGCGUACUACGGAGCGCAGUGUGAAAUUGACGGCGAGGUACUGGGGGCUGCCCUCGGCGCCACCGCCGCAGCAGCGGUCAUCAUCAUCGCCACCUUCAUCUGCCUCUGCAAGUGGAGCAAACGCUGGCACAAGGGCCAGGGUCACACCAAGGUCGAGAUGGGCACCCUGGGCGCCGCCUCCGGGUAUUCCUUCAUGAAGCCCUCAGCAGCGGCGGCUGCUCACGCCAACUUCCAGAUGGGCGUGGAAGAACGACUGCGGUGGGCACAAAUGGCAGAGGCCAUCGGCCGCCAAAACUUGUACGCGCCGGAGCCUCUGUACGGAGGGGGAGGUGUACCUCUGUACGCGUCGCAGCCAAACCUGCCGGGAACACUGCAGGACGGCCCGGCCAGUCUGAACCUCGCCAGGGCAGGCCGCGGACCGUUCCCGCCGCAGGUGUUGCGCUCCAUGACGCCCGCCUACUCGGUGGCUGGUGAACGACCACCAGUCGGGGUGCCGAUGGGACGCAGCGCGCGCACGCCGCUGCCCCACCCGCCUGUCGAUGACGACGGCCCGACGAGGCCCCGGUCCCGGGGGUCCAUGGCGUACGACUACUCGACGCUAUCGGCCCACGACUUCCCACUGCAGGGCACUGGCGGCGGCUCUCAGCAGCAGCUGGUGUACAGCUCGGGCCGACCGCGGCAUAGACGCUCCUCGUCCCGGGACAGCAUAUACGAGACGCUGUCACCGCACCUGACCGGCGGCUCGGGCGCCACUCAGCUCCUCACCUUCGACCCCAAACGGGACGACAAGCUCUUUGAGAAGAGCAACAGCUGGCGAAUGGCGUUCUAGAGAUAGAGAGGACCCAAACGUCGUGUAUUACGACAUUCACGACCCCGGUCAGCAAGGUUCUGCACGAGGUCGGCGGCAGCCCACAGCGGCCACCCGAGGUCACCACUGACCCGAGGUCACCACUGACCCGAGGUCACCACUGACCCGAGGUCCCCCGGCGGCGGUCACCUCCGUCUCCGCCGGCCGGGGCGCCAGCUCAGCGGUACUCUGUUCCAACGCGCGGGUAAUCGACGCUGCUCGGUCGGUCGGUCCGGGUUGUGAGAGCGCGCCCCUCUGAACUCGGUGAUGUGAAUCCAGACUGACUCCUCGGGCAGUGACCUGACGGACAGGACGCUCGGAUGUUGUCAGUGUCACUGCUGACGUCAUGUGAUGCCCGGGCGGUGAGUUGGGCCGCUGAUAGCAAUGCCAUGUGAUGCAGCAAUGAUGUGAAUUCGUGUGACAAGUGAGGUAGGUGUUUCGUGGGAUACCGAGUUAUCCAAAGAGGUAUUGUGAGUGCGCUGAUAUCGAGCCGCUAUUUUGCAAUGAGCGAGCAUGUGUGGAUGAUGGACCGAAACUCUGGGCGAGUUAUGUGCGCAGCAAGCUGCAUGAAACUGUGGUCGUUGUUAUGUGUUUGUGUAUGGCCACGGCUGUUUUCGUGGUCACGCAGUCAUGUGUGCCGAUGUAUUGUGAGCCUAACGUGUCUAAUUUAUCGUCGUAUAUAUCUCCGAUGUGAAUACACUUUGAUAAAUCA